AUGGGACCACCGGGACCUGCUGGUAUUAGGGGCGAUAAAGGUGAACAAGGCGAACCCGGCCGGGAAGGGUCUCAAGGACCUAUGGGGCGAGAAGGACCCCGAGGUCCUCCUGGAUCCGGUGGACAAAAAGGAGAAAUUGGUGAUCCAGGACCGAUUGGUCCUGUUGGACGUGAUGGCUUAGCUGGCCCAAGAGGCCUAACGGGCGCACCAGGCCCUGUAGGGCCGCCAGGUGAGGAUGGAGACAAGGGUGAAGCCGGCCCACCUGGCGAAAAAGGUUUUAAGGGCGCAACCGGAGAACCGGUAAAAAGACCGUUUACUAAUAGUCAAUCGGACCUCAAGGAUCGCCUGGCACUCAAGGCUUACGAGGCGAGACGGGUCCAGUGGGAUUACCUGGAGAAAAGGGCCAACAAGGCGAUUCAGGUCCACCCGGAACAAACGGUGCAGAUGGGGCUAGGGGCCCUCAAGGUCCCGCUGGUCUAA